CAACAUCAUGCGUAAAGCAGGAAACGCCCCCUUUAUCCGUCCUCUGCAUCAGGACCRCUCUGUCACUUCCAUCAGUCAGAUUAACACCAUCUAAGUGCUCUCUCCUCCUCCUCCAGAAUCGAUAGAAAACAAAUCCUGCCGGGGACCCCUCCUCAGGAAUGGCCCCAGACCGGGACGGAUCCAACACAACCAGGGUUCUGACCAACCAGUUCGUGCAGCCGGCGUGGCGCAUCGCGCUCUGGUCCGUGGCGUAUGUCACGGUGCUGGCGGUGGCUGUUUUCGGCAACUUGAUCGUCAUUUGGAUUAUUCUGGCGCACAAACGCAUGAGGACCGUCACCAACUACUUCCUGCUGAAUCUGGCGUUCUCCGACGCGUCCAUGGCUGCCUUCAACACGCUCGUCAACUUCAUCUACGCGGCGCACGGAGAGUGGUACUUCGGGGAGGUCUACUGCAGGUUCCACAACUUCUUCCCGGUCACGGCCGUGUUUGCCAGCAUCUACUCCAUGACUGCCAUCGCCCUGGACAGAUACAUGGCAAUCAUCCACCCUCUGAAACCCCGCCUGUCUUCAAAAGCCACCAUCGCUGUGAUCUUCUGUAUCUGGAGCCUGGCUGUGGUCCUGGCCUUCCCUCUCUGCUACUUCUCCACCACCAGGACCUUACCGGGUAGAACCUUCUGCUAUGUGGCCUGGCCCCGCACGGCYGAAGACCCCUUCAUGUAUCACAUCAUAGUUACAGUCCUGGUCUACGUGCUGCCUCUAGCAGUGAUGGGUGUCACUUAUACCAUUGUUGGGGUGUCGCUGUGGGGAAGUGAGGUCCCYGGAGACUCRUCAGAUAACUACCAUGCACAACUCRGUGCAAARAGGAAGGUGGUAAAGAUGAUGAUCAUUGUGGUGGUGACCUUUGCCCUCUGCUGGCUGCCGUACCACGUCUACUUCAUCGUAACAGGUCUCAACAACCGCCUGGUGAAGUGGAAGUACAUCCAGCAGGUUUACCUGUCAGUGCUGUGGCUGGCCAUGAGCUCCACCAUGUACAACCCCAUCAUCUACUGCUGCCUCAACAGCAGGUUCCGGGCCGGAUUCAAGCAGGUUUUCCGCUGGUGCCCCUUCGUUCGAAUGUCAAGCUACGAUGAGCUGGAGCUCCAGAACACGAGACUUCGRCCGUGUCACCAGAGCAGCAUGUGCACCCUGUCUCGAGUCGACACCAGCAUUCUGAGCAAAAACAAAAGCAUCUGUUCUCGAGGACACAUGUCCAAAGGAAACCCUGAGCAGAAGGAUAAAGAUGGAUAGGCUCCACGUGGCUGAUAAAAAAAAAAACUGGGUUUAUUUUAUUUAUGUGUUUAGGUUGUCCUGAUGUCUAUGAAUUACUGUUUGGUUUGGUUAACGUAGAUAAAUCUGGACGUAUGCGAUUUUUCCAGAAUAAUGUCUUCAGACUGAAAGGCACGACUCAGGAAACAGGAAAACUGCAGAAGGAAUGCAAGGGAGGAUGCCUGUGAAAAUGAUUAUCSUAAUGGAUUGCAGUGUUCAGAAACAACAGAAAGUUAAGUAAAUGUGGUUAUGCUUUUAGGCUGUUUGAGUAGAGCUGGCAUAGUGGUCCAGUGGCAGCUCAYUAAGUCCUGAAGUACGGCAAAUCAAGUCUUAAAACACGUAAUGAGAGAUGGAUCGUUUCAUUUUUGAGGGACGUUUGGUUCUCAAAUUAAAUGUCCAUAUUUUCAGUUUGAAACUCCAUCCUCCUCUUUAUCAGAACUGAUCAAAAAGUUUACUUUUUUAAUAAAUUGCUGAUAUGACAUUUAAUUCCUCUGAUAGUUUAAAAUCAAAACCGCUUGAAGACGAUUUUGGACACAUUUUGAAUAGCAAGUUUGCAAAAAAAUAGAAACAAUCAGGAUACUUGUCGCUUGGUGCAGACAUGAGAUUAAAUGCAAUAUAUGCUAUAUAAUGUUUAUAAAUUAUCAAUUUAGAAGAGAAAAGACAAGUUUUUGGAUGGAUUUACAAGAAAUCUUAGAAUGUUUUAAGAUUCAUAAUUAGCGAGAAGUGAAGAAAUCUACUCUCUGAUGUCGACAUUUUUGUUCUCCUUGGCGCUUURAGUCAUAUCUCGACAUAAGGUCUGAGCAGAACAUUUUUUAAGUGGUAUGCUAGAGGGGCCUCUGUUUCUCACUUCCCUGUUUGCUUUUGGGGUGGGGUUAAAAUCUACAACAGUGCUUUUUACAAAUAUUUUUGCCAGAAAAGGAAAAUAUAUUCACAAAUAUUUCUUCAUAUUAGCUCUUUAAAAAAUCCAGCACAUCCGCAUUUUUAAACAGUGUUUAAUCAACAGUGACAUUAAUGUUAAAAUAAAUUGCUCUUUUUACUGCUAUAAGAGUCAUUUUUAUUUGUAUACUUGGUUUUAAUUCAUGUGUUUGAUUCAGAUUCAUUCUCAAGUCACAACAUGGAAAACUGGAGCAGUAAUGUUUCUGAUCACCAUUUUUUUAAAUGCUUGACUUCUCAAACAUGACAGAGAAGAAGUAACUUGUUGAGACAUGAAGUGUUGGAUUGAAAUGAAAAUUUCAUUUUCUAGGGCUUAUAUACAAGACUUAAACAGAGACACGUCACUGACUGUGAAGAUUUUAAAAACUCAGAAUGAUCAAGCUGAUAAUCACAGCAGGUUCAACUUUAGUUUUAAUAUUUCUUCUUCAUUUGCAAAAAACAAAAACAAAACAAACAAAAAAAAAACAAGAAAGAAUCCAUGAAACUUAAAAUCUCACAUGUAAGAGUGUCUUGCCGAGAUAUGCAGCAGCUCAAACCACUAAAAUCCAAAUCACACGUAAAGGUAAAAGCACUAUACGUCAUUAAAAAAAUCAUCAAACCAACAAUAGUAAAAAAAA